CCGGAAAAAAAAAUAAAACAUCCCGUAGAGCUCUCCGUUAUCCGUAUGUUUUCGACAGCCGCCAGAACACUGCACGUCAGGCAUUUGCGAGGCCCCGUCGCGAACAGAGCAGCAGCACUCGCCGGAGCCGCAGGAGCCGCGGCACUCUUUCACAACACCAGCACCAGCAGCUUCAGGUCGACGGCAGCGAUGGCGGAGGCCACAGAUUCUUCCAAGACGGCUUUCAGCCCCAAGGAGUUCCGGGACUUUCCCCUGCGGGAAAUCGAGGACAUGACGCACAACGUGAGGCGGUUCCGCAUCGGCCUGCCCUCGGAGGAGCACGUGAUGGGCAUGAAGACGGCCUCGUGCAUCGUGGUCAAGGGGAAGGGCAAGGACGGGAGCGUGGCCGUACGGCCGUACACGCCGACCACUACCAACGACACCAAGGGCCAUUUCGACUUGGUGAUCAAGGUGUACCCCGAAGGCAACGUGUCCAGUCACCUGUUCAGCCUCAAGGUCGGCGACACCGUUGCGGUGAAGGGACCGUUCCCCAAGUUCGACUACUCGCCAAACGUUAAGAAGGAGAUCGGGAUGAUCGCAGGCGGGACUGGCAUCACACCGAUGCUGCAGGUGCUGCAGGAGCUGCUGCUGAACCCUGAGGACAAGACGAAGGUGACCCUCCUCUUCGCCAACGUUACCGCCGCCGACAUCAUGCUCAAGGCGGAGAUCGACAAGCUUGCCGCGGAGCACGACAACUUCGACGUCGUCUACGUCGUGGACAAGGCAGAGGAGGGGUGGACGGGGGCGACGGGACACGUCAACGCCUCCCUGAUCGAGACCCAUCUACCCAAGCCCUCCGGAGACUCGGUCAUCUUCGUGUGCGGACCACCGGGCAUGAUGAACGCCAUUUCCGGGCCAAAGAACGAAGACAAGAGCCAAGGUGAAAUCGGCGGGGUGCUCAAGGCGCUAGGCUACACCUCCGACAUGGUCUACAAGUUCUGAUCUUCAGGGCUUUUUACGUGUGUCACGGUCUCUUUGCAUAGACGUGUCUCAUGAGUCCCAAGGUCUUUCCUCCGACGACAUGGUCUGUGAUACGCUGUUUGGGGUUUAGGAUGUGGUUUGCCACAACCCAUCUGGGCGGCGCUGCCCUUUCUUCGCCGGCGCUGAAAACCCCGCCGCCGUAGCUAGCCUCGGCGUCCAAGUUUCCAAUUUUGAUCCGAUAUGCAAUUCUUUUGGCGUUGGGAUGUAUGUGUCCCGCGAGUAAUGAUACGUGCCAACGGCACUGCUUUAUUCGCGCCAUGUGUGCGGAUGCUUGGCGAUGCGAGUGCCGGCACGUGGUCGGAACGCUUGGGUAUUUGCGCCCGUGAUUUGCUGGGGGCCCUCAAGACCGGAACGAAAGCGCGUGCCGUGGGUACCCACCCUGCAAGCAAUCAUUCGUCCCCCCCGAUGCGAGAUGCAACUCCCUCGAAGAGUUGCUGUGGCAGAAACCGCAGCAUCAGCAUUGUCAGGGGCGGUUAAAGAAAAAGGCCGAGGACCGGCGGCGGUUAAUCUUGGAGGAACCCAACGCGGUCGACCCGCUCAAAGGAACAAAAUAAUUGGCGCUAUUUACUGCGACACAGCAACUAGCAUGAAGAACCAGAUUCACACGUUCAAGAAGAUCAACAGUAAAUAUCCCCAAAAAUUCGCCAACCACAACAUACAAGGUGUUGCCGAGAUCCUACGCGUAUAACAAUGAAGGAGAAGCCAAACCAUACCGAUCCACCAAGGCAGAUCAAAUCAUGUCUUGCCCCACGAUCAGCGCCUCGCACUUCCGCGGUGGUGUGUGCGCCAACGAGUCUCGCGCGAAGGCAACGCUGAGCGCGGCACCCCCGCCCACCCCGAACGCGGGAUACACGGUGCCCCGAAUUCUCAUCACGGCC